AUGCAUUUCCAUCGCGACCAGUUCGUUGUGCUGUUGCUCAUUUACACAUUGGCUGUGAAAAGCUUCGUUUUGGCACAACAAUUAGCCACUAGAAAUGAAUCUCAAGCCGAACCUCGGCCAACCUCCCGUCGAGGACCACGAUUUCUCGGCCUACUGGGACUGCUCACCGGACUCACGCUCGUCGAUUCGCUCGACGACGACAGUGACCGACCGCGUCGAUCCGGCUACGUAAAGAUCGACGUUGGCCGACCAUCCACUCUCGAUCCUUUCUAUGGUGCGUAUGGUUACAGCGCACCGUACUGGACCGGUGCCGGCGGAUCGUCGAUCAACAUAAAAAUACCUUUCCGACCGGGCGGAAGUGAAUUCGAAACAAUGGCGGUGUUUCCGUUUCCGGUACCAUUUCCCCAGGUCGGUCCAACCCACUUCGGUGCCUCAGCGGUAGCCACAAUCGAACCACGACCGUCUUUAUUCGCCGAUACUAUCCCAAACGUAUCGAGCGCUGCGGGAUCAGGGGUACAAUCCGAUGAAGUGGAGCAACAGCCAGCUACGCGAAAGCAAAAGCUUACAUUAAAAAAACCCACCACAAACGGUGGACGCUUGAGCCCACCUCGAACAAUCCGCAGCACGACCCAGUCGGAGGCGGACGAUGGCGAUGAUACCGGUACCGUUGAAGCGCCUGAAACAACCGACACGAUCGAGCCACAGGACCCACCAGUGCCGAUGAUCGAGCAGACUGACGUCUCGACCGCUAAUACAUCGUCCGAUCAACCAGCUACUACGGAGCAGACCGAACCAGCCGAACCGGCAUCGAUCGUACAAGCGGAGAUCAAUUACGUCACCCAGCCAGCGAUUCCGGCCUCCUAUCGCGUGCACCCGCACAGCCUCACCAACGUAGCCACGAUCGAGCUGACAACGUCAACUCCUUUCGCCAACGAGGACACGUUUCAGCCAAGCCACACCGACCAAUGGCGGAAUUAUUACAGCAGUUUCGCUCAGCACCACCGGCAGCUAGGCUUUCUACCGAUCGCACUUCCCGCUUCCUGAUCACUCAAUAAAAACCCAUUCACCC